CUCUGGAGUUUUUGAGAUCGCCGAAGCCACCGGUGUUCAACAGGGAACAAAGAUCGUGCUGCACCUCAAAGACGACUGCAAGGAGUUUUCCUCUGAGGACCGAGUUAAAGAGGUUGUCACAAAGUACAGCAACUUUGUCAGCUUCCCCAUCUUCCUGAACGGACGGAGGCUCAACACUCUGCAGGCCUUGUGGAUGAUGGAUCCUAAGGAGAUUAGUGACUGGCAGCAUGAGGAGUUCUACCGUUACGUCGCUCAGUCGUACGACAAGCCCCGCUACACACUGCACUACCGCGCCGACGCCCCGCUCAACAUCCGAAGCAUCUUUUAUGUCCCUGACGCGAAGCCGAGCAUGUUUGACGUGAGCAGGGAGAUGGGCUCCAGUGUGGCCCUCUACAGCAGGAAGGUCCUGAUCCAGACCAAAGCCACUGACAUUCUGCCCAAGUGGCUGCGCUUCCUCCGAGGCGUUGUGGACAGUGAAGACAUCCCGCUGAAUCUGAGCAGAGAGCUGCUGCAGGAAAGCGCCCUCAUCAGGAAGCUCCGUGACGUUUUGCAGCAGAGGGUGAUCCGCUUCCUGCUGGACCAGAGCAAGAAGGAGCCAGAGAAGUACAGCAAGUUCUUUGAGGACUACGGCCUCUUCAUGAGGGAGGGCAUCGUCACCACCCAGGAGCAAGACGUCAAGGAGGACAUUGCCAAGCUGCUAAGGUUCGAGUCUUCCGCUCUGCCAGCCGGCCAGCAGACCAACCUGAUGGAGUACUCCUCCCGCAUGAAGGCCGGCACACGCAACAUCUACUACCUGUGCGCCCCCAACCGCCAUCUUGCAGAGCACUCGCCCUACUACGAGGCCAUGAAACAGAAAGACAUGGAGGUGCUGUUCUGCUAUGAGCAGUUCGACGAGCUGACCCUGCUCCAUCUCCGGGAGUUUGACAAGAAGAAAAUGAUCUCUGUCGAGACCGACAUCGUGGUGGAUCACUACAAGGAGGAGAAGUUUGAGGACAGCAAGCCCGCCUCUGAGCGUCUGACGCAGGAGCAGGCCGACGACCUGAUGUCCUGGAUGAAGAAUGCUUUGGGCCCCCGAGUUACCAACAUAAAGCUGACUCCUCGGCUGGACACCCACCCAGCUAUGAUCACAGUGCUGGAGAUGGGUGCUGCACGCCACUUCCUCCGCACCCAGCAGCUUGCUCGCACCGCUGAGGAGAGAGCUCAGAUACUGCAGCCCACUCUGGAGAUCAAUGCAGGACACGAUCUGAUCAAGAAGAUGCACGCGCUAAAAGAAACAAACCCUGACCUGGCUGGACUGCUACUGGAACAGAUCUACGACAACGCCAUGAUCACAGCAGGCCUGAAUGAUGAUCCCCGACCGAUGAUUUCCCGCCUGAACGAUCUGCUGACUAAAGCUCUGGAGAAGCACUGAGAGCCACUCACGGACAUGAACAGUGCAGGCUGACCUGGUUGUGUUGACAGACAGGUCAGGUCUGUAGACUGAAGCACUGGCAGCAGCUGAAGGACCUCCAAAGCUGGAGAAGUGUAGUUUCUGAAGAGAACCACAGGCCUUUUGUUCAUGUGGAGCCCUAAAAUCACAACCUUUUGGAGUACUUCAUCCCCUAAAGGCUUGAAAAGCUCAGAUGGAGUGAAGAUGAACUGCUUUAUGCUGUGUUCAGCUGUGUUUCAAAAGGUAUUAAUAUUGGUAAUGAUAAUUAGAGGAUAUGUGCUGUAAAGUAGGUGGUCACAGUUACACCUGUCAUUUCACUCCGAUCACGCCUUGGCAUGUAAAAAUGGGAUGUCUCUGAAAUUGCCAUUUCGUUUUCAAGACAAGGUACUUCAAAAAUAAAUUGCCACUCGUUGCCGUCCUGAAUAAUCUGGAUGCAAACCGGCCACAAACAAUGUAGAGAUGUAAAGCAGAACAAGUUUUGUCUUGCCAGAAAUGUAGAAUGAACACAGUCAUUUCAAAAUAUUACGCAACAACAACUAAAAAUAGAUGAAGUUUCAUUCUAAAGUGUGCAUUAGAGCCUGGAAGUGGUCAGAGUGAUCAUGGUUCAAUUAGAAAUACAAAACGUCCUCCCUGCUAAAUAGAGCCAUUUGCCCCUUUCUUUUCUCUUUUCUUUCUAAGCCCUUUAAAUGUUUCCAUCUUUUCUUUCCACAUUUAUUUAAUAUUUUAUGUUCACUUUUGUGGUUUAUAAGAAACAGGAUACCUAAAGUGUUGGAAUAUUUUUUGAACUGGGUCAAAUGAAAAGAACAAUGUAUUUGGCAGAUGUUGCAAAUGUCACCUGACUUGUAAACAAGUUUCAUUUGGUAUUAAAGUACUGGUGAAGUUAAUGUAAAAUGGAUUUAAAAUACUGUAUACACAUUUGUGGUCUCCUCUGGGCAUUACCAAUAAAUUGAGUAAACAAUCUUCUUGAGACAAUUAAAAAGAUGCCAACAC